UGACCUAUUAAUGUCAGCGCACUGUAGGUCAGUCUCCCAAGAGAAAAUAAAGAUUAUUCGACCGAUUAAUUACAGUAACAACAGGGGAAACACAUUGGUACUGGGAUAAUUAAGGAUGCUUUCCUUUUGAGGAUUUAGCGAAUGAAGUCAUAAAGUACUUCUGAGUUAAAUAAUUCGACGGUUUCUUUCGUUGAGCCGAAAAGCAUAAUCCAAGAUGGCGUCGGAAAGCGGUACCUCCUAUUUUCAGGGAGGUGCCAUAAGUUCUUACGCCGAUCUUGGACAAAUAUACACUGACCUUUCAACUUCUGAAAUACAAACUCAGCUGGAGGAGAAAAGGGAGUAUAUUAAAAAAGAAAUUCGUCGAGAAAUGAAAAUAAAGGAGGGAGCCGAAAAGCUACGUGAAGCUACUUCCGACAAAAAAAGUUUAUCAAAUGUGCAAAGUAUGGUGAAAAAAGCCAAUACUAAAUUACAGGACUUACAUAGAGAACUACAGGACAUUAAUGCUAUUUUACUUGUUGCUAAUUGUACAGCACCGCAAGACACUGGACCUGAUUUGAUCAAAUCACCUGAGAAAGAUGGGCAACAGACUGAUAGUAAUACAAUUAAUCCUCGUGUUGUCAGUUUACAGAAACAGAUUACAAUCGAAUUAAAGGUAAAACAAGGAGCGGAGAAUAUGAUAGCUAUGUAUAAAUCAGGUUCUUCUAGAGAUAAAAAAUUAUUAGCAGAAGCACAGCAAAUGUUAAGUGAUGCCAAAACGAAAAUAGAAAUUUUACGCAUGCAAAUAUUAAAAGUUACACAACAGAUACAGGAGACAUCUUUAUCAGAUGGUGUUGACGGUAAAGCCAGUGAAUCGUUAUCACCUUUAGAAUCACGUAUUGAAGAAUUACGACACCAUCUUAAAAUAGAAUCUGCUGUAGCUGUUGGCGCUAAUAAUGUUAUACGAUUAUUACAGACUAAUAAAUCAGAUGAUAAAAAGGCAAUAAAAGAGGCCCAUUCAAGUUUAAGUGAAUCCAGUCAAAAGAUGGAUUUAUUACGCAUUUCAUUAGAAAAACGCCUGUUAGAAAUGGAACCCAGAUCACCGAAAAUUGAAAUAUUAAAAGAAGAAUUAAACGAAUUGAUGAGUCCCACAUUAAUGUCCACAGUACAUCGUCAUUCAAUAACUGCUCAAACACAGAAUACGUCCGUAUUACCUAAACCGGCUGCUUUAACAGGCAAACUAGAAGUGAGAUUAGUAGGGGUACAAGAUCUAUUAGAAGAUAUACCCACAAGAAGAAAAGAGAACUCUCAGUUACUACUCUCUAGUCCUGGAGAGAGUAAAAGUUUAUUACGGAGGGGCAGUAGUAAAGUGUAUAAUAUUAAAGAUGAUUUAACAAAUGAAGUAAUGGCAGUAUUAAAACUUGAUAAUCAACAAGUAGCCCAGACAGCAUGGAAAACAAAUAGUCAACAGUGCUGGGAUCACAGAUCAUCUAUAGAUUUAGAUAGGUCCCGUGAGCUAGAAAUAAGUGUAUUUUGGAGAGAUUGGCGUCAGAUGUGCGCUGUAAAGUUUUUACGUUUAGAAGAUUUCUUGGAUAAUCAAAGACAUGGUAUAACAAUCCAUUUAGAACCAAAGGGAAUUCUCUUUGCGGAGAUAAAAUUUAUUAAUCCAUCAUUAAUUCGAAAGCCAAAAUUACGUAGACAAAGACGAAUAUUCCCCAAACAUAAAGGAAAGAAUUUUCUACGUCCUGGACAGAUGAAUAUUAAUGUAGCUACAUGGGGUCGACUUAUGAAAAGAGCUUUACCUCCUAAUUGUGCUGAUAAUGAUAAUAUGCGUAGUCCUCCUUCUAAUAUGACCUCUCCAGGCAUUAUGGCAUCUGAUAGAGGUCCGCCAGUUCAUGAAAUGAAUUUUACUGCUCCAAGUGAAGAUGAAAAUGUAUAUAAAGCACAACCUCAUGAUAGGAGUAUGUCACCUGAUGUGAUUCAUCCCUCACCUGGACAUAACGAGGAACAGGUGGUUUUAUCGAAUUUUGAUUUCCUAGCUGAUGAUUCAGGAAGUCUAGAUUCAUCUCUAGUAGAUUUAGAUGAUGAAGCUAAUAAAAGAAAAAGGAAUGGUACACCACCUCUUCCUUGUCAACCUCCUCCUCCCAGACUUGAAAAAACUACUGCCCCUCCUCCUGUUGUUACUCCCAGAAAACCCAUUGUUAAGGAACCUGAUUUUUCGAACCAACCUUGUAAAAUGGAAGAUUUCCGUUGUAUAAGUGUUUUGGGAAGAGGCCAUUUUGGUAAAGUGUUAUUAGCAGAAUAUAGAAAAACUCAUGAAUGUUUCGCUAUAAAGGCAUUAAAAAAAGCUGAUAUUAUAGCCCGAGAUGAAGUCGAGAGUUUGAUGUCUGAAAAACGUAUAUUUGAAGUAAUCAAUUCUAUGCGACAUCCCUUCUUAGUCAAUUUAUUUUCCUGUUAUCAAACUCCUGAACAUGUAUGUUUUGUGAUGGAGUAUGCGUGUGGUGGUGAUUUAAUGAUGCACAUACAUAACGAUGUAUUUUCUGAACAAAGAACAGUAUUUUAUGCUGGUUGUGUGGUGUUAGGCCUACAGUACUUACAUGAGCAUAAUAUUGUAUACAGAGAUUUAAAACUGGAUAACUUACUGCUGGAUGUUGAAGGCUAUUUAAAAAUUGCUGAUUUUGGUUUAUGUAAAGAGAGUAUGGGGUUCGGUGAUCGAACCAGUACGUUUUGUGGUACUCCUGAAUUUCUUGCUCCUGAAGUCUUGACGGAAACAUCUUAUACACGCUCUGUAGAUUGGUGGGGACUGGGUGUUCUUAUCUAUGAGAUGUUAGUAGGAGAAAGUCCAUUUCCUGGUGAUGAUGAAGAAGAAGUAUUUGAUAGUAUUGUUAAUGAAGAAGUACGAUAUCCACGUUUUCUAUCAACAGAAGCCAUAGCUAUCAUGAGACGGUUAUUGAGAAGGAAUCCAGAUAGAAGAUUGGGUUCUAGUGAAAGAGAUGCUGAAGAUGUCAAAAAACAAGCCUUUUUUAGGAAUUUGAAAUGGGAUGACUUACUUAUGAAAAAAGUGAAGCCACCUUUUGUUCCUACUGUGAAAAAUUCUGAGGAUGUGAGUAAUUUUGAUGAAGAAUUUACCGCGGAGAGACCUGUGUUAACGCCACCUAAAGAUCGUAGAGGGCUUACUGCUAACGAUCAAACAUUAUUUAACGAUUUCACGUACAUUGCUGAUUGGUGCUGAUAUCAUGUGAUGUGUCAUAUGACUUUGAAUGACCAUAUUUGUGCUAAAUAUAUACCUCACAAUAAUAGUGAAAUUGAAAAUAUAAAAGUGCUCAUCAAUUGGAGGUGUUUUAUCGACAAUCUCAUUAAUAAAACUAAAAAGCUGCUCCGUAUAAGGAGAUAGGUAUGUGCUGUGUCUGUGGUUGUAGUGUGAGUUAAAAGUGUUCUAAAAAUCAAUUUUUUGGGUUGAUAUUACUAGAAUUUAUAUGUUUGAAAGUAAUACAAGUGAUAGCUAUAUUAACUGAUUUAUAUAUCACGAGAGACUUGAAUCCUUUAAUAAUGGAUUUUCAUAGUAAUAUAACAUCUGAUUGGUUGUUAAUAGCCUAUAUGUAUAGAGGUGCGGAUCUAGGUAGUGUUGGGGGAUAUAUACCUGUUUUUCGGUAUAUCAUGAUUUUAUCAUAUCGGACUCGUUUAAAUAUAUCGAAAAACAGGUGUAUCGUGAUAACCAAAAUUAUCGCAAUAUGAUAAUUAUUGUGUUCCAAUAUUGAUAAUAAUACAUAUGAUUUUCAUCACCUAUUGAUAGAAUUAAUUUCAUCAGCUUGUAUAGGGUAAAUUCCAUCAUGGCGUCUACCGACCUUAGCAACAAUAAUUUGACAUCAAGCAACGAUUUUCUGCCCAAGUAUUCAAACUUUGAGUACUUAAGACACUUGUAUAAAUUAUUACGAUAUUAUCAAUUAUCUUGAUAUUUGAUAAAUUAUUAUCGCGAUAUUAUCACCCAACCCUACAUCUCAAUUUUCUGCCCAAGUAUUCAAAAUUUGACUACUUAAGACACUUGUAUAAAUUAUCACGAUAAUAUAGGUUAUCGUGAUAUUUGAUAAAUUAUUAUCACAAUAUUUUUUUUUCAUUAUCGCCCAACCCUAGAUCUAGGUUUACGAUUAGUAGAUAUUUAUCGUUUAUUAUUUUGUCACCAUCCACAUAAAUAUGAAUAUUGCCCUUGGAAUUUUCUAGCAGUUUACAAAGAAGAAAAUGAUUGAUUUGUGUAUUAGACACUUAAAAUCAGAUCUGAAUAUUUUUUGAAAUUUAAAGUGUUGUAUGCAAAAUUUAAAAUAUUCAGCCUUUAACUUGUCAACAAUGAUCAAACAUCGUAUAUGUGAAGAAAACAGAUUGAUCUGCUGUUUUGGAAAUAUAUUUAAACAUACAUUAUGCAAGAGCUAAAUCUGCCCAUUGUAGGUCUUUCUUUAGGCCUGAAAUAUUAUAUAAAAUGUUAAUUAGACAUUUAUUAACAAAACAAGACCAUAAUCAACUCUCGAUGGCAUCGGAUACUCAAGAUUUUAACUAGAUCAGAAUGGUUUCCCAUUUAAGAAUUUAAUUUAAAAAUGUGAAAGCGAGGCUAAGUCUUGAAUAUACCAGUGCCCUGCUUACCACUAUGCACACGUCUUGUCAAAACUACAAACAGUGAUAACUUAGCUCAGAAUGAAGUAAUUUGAAUGAAAUUUUCAAUAUUUUCAUUUUACAUUAUCCAUUAUAGCAAGAAUGGUCAGAUCUUUAUCUAAAUCUUACAUAAUGUAUCUUUAAAAUGAAAUACCUUAUUAUUAUGUCAGUCUGUUGAAGGAUAAGCUUGUAGUAAUAGAGCCCCCUAAAUCUGAACCUAAAAAUAUUGAAACUGUGGUUCCAGUGAAAUUGCAUUUAAGUUAGUCCAUAGAAAUAUUAGCUAAAUGUAGUUAUUUGUAUAGUGGGCAAUAUUCCAAAUAAUACCAAAAAAGUGCUACUUACAUUUCAUGCCGUCAUUGUGAUAAAAUAAAUUGAACAGGCUAUUAUAUCAGUCAGUAAAAUGAAAUAUGGAGACUUAUGUAAAUAAAUAAAAUGAAAUGGCUGAAUUCGAUAUUGUCAUACUGGUUAAAGAAAUUUGUAUUUUUGUACAAUAUUUUGUGUUCGUUGUGUUAUUAGAUAUGUGUAAUAGUCACUGAGUUGUUAUAUUCUACUAGUUGUAUUAUAAAUAAUAUGACGUGUUAUAUUAAAUGAAAUAAAUUAGAUUUUUAUAUCUACGUAAAUUAGAAGAAUAAAAUGUAUUUUUAUACAUACGUAAUAUAUAUAUUAUAUCAAUCAAAGUAGUUCAUCACUUGCUUCAACGGAAAAGUUUAUAAAAAAAAAAAGGACUUUUUCCGUUUUCUUUUUCACACAAUAAAGGUAAAGCAAUUAUACCAAAAUGUAUAUAAAUAUUAAAGACUGGAUAAUCUCUAUAUAUCUUGUAAAUUAUUGUACAGUCAUGUUCUUCCAGUUCUUUUCUUCAGCUUAUUUCCUGCAUUCCAUGUGACUAAGAUUAUUUGUGUGUAUAUAUAUAUUAUUAUAUAAUGUAGUCAGUCAUGUGAUAUAAGUAAAGAGUUUUAUAUAAAUAAAAACGUAGGAUAAACUAUUUCUUGCUAGCAUCCAUUGUGUCUAUUACAUGAAAUAACGUUAAUAAAAUGGCUGGAUUUCGGCUAAUUCAAAGUAUA